AUGUCCUCAAUAGGGAGUGGUUUUAACCGCCCCUGUACAUCUUAUUUUCAUCGCUGGAAAAGAAUCCGUGAUUGUGUGACGGUAGAUGAAACGGAAAGUUCCAAUUUUCUCGGAUUUCCCGACGAUAUAUUAUUAGUGAUUUUGUCCAAGCUACCCAUGAAGUCGCUGGUUCGAUUUUGUUGGGUAUGUAAGUCUUGGCGAAACCUUAUCACCUCACCUGAAAACUUCAAACUUUUUCAUCACCCAAAUUCUUUUACUACUGGUAACAACUUCCUACUCCUGGAGAAGUGUAAAGCUGGUGAAAAACCUGAGCUUCAUGUUAGAAAACUGUUGGGUAGAUUGAGGAACAAACUAGCUAUAGAAGAUGAUGGUCUGAUUCGGAGCCAUGGGCUAAUCUUUAAACAUGGUGAGAUAUUGUUGGCCGGUUGCUGCCAUGGAUUGCUAUGUUUUCUUAAACGAACCGAAACCAGCUGCGAUGUGUACCUUUGCAAUCCAGUGUUGGGUCAGGUUAGGGCUCUUCCGAAGAGCGAGUUCUACCCACUAAGGAGUCUUGACAACAUUGUUGUCGCAUUCUACUAUGAUGAUCACCACAAUGACUAUAAAGUUGUGAAGAUGACAGAUUGUGAGAGUUUGACGGUUGAAGUAUAUAGUCUAAGGAGUAAUUCUUGGAAAGCGUUCCACCGGUGCAUUCUUCCUCGCCCUUGCUUCUUUCUCCUACAGGGUCAGCAAUUCGUGGUUCAUAAUGGUCGUAUCUAUUUGUUGGUUCACAAGGUGGAUUCCAAUGAGAGCGAGUGGUCUUAUUUGAUGAUUAUGGUGGAUGUAAAUAAACAAGAAGCUCGAGUUAUUCCCCUUCCUUUUCCGACAACUAUUCAACUACAUAUAUUCGUUUCUGAAGGAUCUGUUGUUGUUUCGGAUUUGUUUUUCAGCCGUAUGCAUAGGAAGUUCGAGCUUAUGGUGUUUAAGGAGGAUGCCUAUGAUUAUGAUGAUGAGCACUGGGUGUUAGCGAAAAAUGAGUCGGAAAAAUUUUGGACAAAGAAAUCUGUUCUUCCCAAAAAUUGUCCUUCUGAUCGCCUUGUCACCAAUAGAACAACCGGUGUAACAUUGGGAACAAAUGUGCUCUUUUCCCCAAGUUCUGCUGAAGCCACCAAGUUUUUAUACCGAAAGAAACGACGAAAUUUAUGGGACUUUGCCGUAGUUGAUUACGUUCCGAGCUUAGUUUCUGUUGUGCUUCCUUCUCCGUCUAGUGGUGUUAAAAUUAAAGUUUAA